AUCCCUCAAGCGAGCCGAAUAUUUUGAUUUUCCGAUUAUGGAGACCAAGUCUCGAGCUCUCGAAUUCACCGUGUUGUCCGCAGAAGAGCUUCGAAUCGAUAACAGAUAUCUGAAAAAGAAUGCAUUCGCCGUCGUUUCAAUCGAUCCUCACAACUUUCGCAUGACCAAGGUCGACUCCGAAGGAGGAAGCCAUCCUGCCUGGAACGAGAAGUUCGUCAUGGAUUUGCCCUCGCAGCAGCGUUUUAUCACCCUGGAAGUUAAAUGCCGGACUUCCUCGGGGGAGAAGAGCAUAGGUUCAGUGAAAGUUCCGGUGUCGGAGUUCAUCGGAGGGUAUACGCCGGAGAACUGCUUGCAGUUUUUAAGUUAUAGGUUGUUGGAUGCAAGGGGAACUCGGAACGGCAUCAUAAACUUCUCGGUUAGGGUGAAGGGACCGGAAAAGGCGUGUUCGUCGCAGGCGGCGGGGAUUGGAAAAAUUCCGAUCGAUGGGAGGAGGAAUUUUAGUUCUUUUCUUUGAAAUUUUUUAUUAUCAAAAAAAAGAACUUGUGGUUCGAAUGCAUUUACAAAAUAAUUAAGAGAAAAAAUGUAAAUAAAAAUGUUAGUUUUAU